GAACAGACGUUCGAUGUUUGAUUGUAAAAGUCUACAGUUUUGGAAAAUUCAAUAAGUUCUUUCCACUUCAAAAUAAUAUUACCUAGUUAAGCAAUUAGCUAGAAUAAAAGUUAGUUAUUGCUUAGCUUUAGAUUUUUAAAAUAAAAUGGAGAGCGGCCGGAACAGCGUUAAUAUGGCUGAUAGUGCUAGUGAAAGUGAUUGCAGCGUGGAUGGUGGUCCAAUAAUGAUGCCACCAUCUCCGGUAUCCAGAGAACAACUUCAUAAACGCAUCGAAAGUCUACAACAACAGAACAAAGUUCUAAAAGUUGAAUUAGACACUUAUAAACUCAGAGUCAAACAGCUGCAGGAGGAAAAUCGUUCACUGAGACAAGCUUCAGUCAAUAUUCAAGCCAGAGCAGAACAAGAGGAAGAAUUCAUCAGUAAUACCUUGCUGAAAAAAAUUCAGGCACUCAAAAAAGAAAAGGAAACUUUGGCUUUAAAUUAUGAACAGGAGGAAGAGUGCCUUACAAAUGACUUGUCACGGAAACUCAAUCAGCUGCGACAAGAAAAGGUUCAACUUGAACAGACACUGGAACAAGAACAAGAAUGUUUGGUCAACAAGUUGAUGAGAAAAAUUGAAAAGCUAGAAGCUGAAACCCAUGCUAAGCAAAACAACUUAGAACAGUUAAGACGGGAAAAAGUUGAACUUGAAAACACUCUAGAGCAGGAGCAGGAAGCACUUGUAAAUAAGUUAUGGAAACGAAUGGAUAAACUAGAAACAGAAAAGAGGAACCUGCAAAUUAAGCUUGACCAGCCAGUAUCAGCUCCUCCGUCUCCUCGAGACACAAACAAUGGGGAUAGUGCUCCAACAAAUUCUACUCCAGAGCAGCUAACUUCCCAUAUACAGUGGUUGCGAAAUGAAGUUUCUCGUUUGAAACAUCAGCUCACACUUUCGUUGCAAGAACAAGAGGAGAAAAUGGCACAUUAUGCUCAAGAAGAAAAACAUAUUCGAGAAGAAAACCUUCGUCUCCAGCGUCGCCUUCAGAUGGAAAUGGAGCGACGGGAAGCGCUUUGUCGACAUUUGUCGGAAUCGGAAUCGAGCUUGGAAAUGGAAGAGGAACGUCAUUAUAAUGAACUAACUGGAUACGGUCAUGUGGGGUCGUUGGGAGUUACGGUCACACCUGUCAAUCGUUCCCGAACCACUUCAAGCCCAGUUCCAUCAAAUCGACCCCUCAGCCCCAGUAAUUAUUGGUUAACUGUUUUAAGUUCCAUUGUUCAACCGUCGGUCUCUUUAAUCGUGUGGCACCCGAAAUGUUAUGAUUGUGCAGGUUUGCUGACGUUCAGCAGAGAAGGUCUGGUGGGUGUGCCAACUGCACCAUCCUCAAUCAGCACUGGGCGAGACCCGUUUAGUCCACCAAGUCCAAUGGGUCGAUGCCCAACGUGUUCACAUGCAAUUAGCGCACCCUCAUCCUCCCCGCCUCAUGCGGGUUUGUCUACUGGUAUCCCGCGUUCUCUUAUACGGAUAUCGCAAGAGAGAUUUGUAAAACCAGCCGUCCCACCACAAGCCGCACCUACACAUAUUCCUGCGUCACCAGCUACUUCUACUUCUCAACCUCGUAGUAGCUCUGGAACAUCUUCGCCUAUGGACACUUCAUCUGGACGCAUUUAACCCAUCUAAUUAGCUUUGGACGUUUUCAAUCUAUUUAUGAAUAGCGUCAGAUGCUACAUUGUGCGAAGAAGUAACAUGUCUUAUAUUCCAGAAGUAUCCCUUCAGUCAUACACCAUGUCGGUGAAGCAGUUACAACUUGUUUCCAUACUCUACCUUUCCCCCAGUCUUUCUGUAAUUCUGUUUUUUUUUUGGCUUUGGAAUUCUUAUUCUGGAGUUGUUUGGGUUUUGCAGAUUUACCAAGUGCAAGUGAAGAGGUAUCGAGCAUCUUGAUUUGAAUUCAAAUGUUCAGUUUUCCUUGGAUGUCUUUGAAUUUAUGCUUUAUUGCGUCCUCCUUUCUCGUGAAUUAAUACGAAAGAAUAUUGUAAAGGGUCAAUUAAAAAUCAUACGUUU